GAAUCAGCAGCACUCGGUGCGCUCAGUGGAGCAGCAGGAGGAAGGAUGCAGCAGAGCCCGAGAGAGAGACACGGGGAUGCGGCGACACAUGGCAGCCUGUACCGCCCCGCAUGCUCUCACUGACUGCGUCGUCGUCGUCGUCGUCGUCGUCCGCCCCCCCCCCCCCCCCCCCCACCCACCCCCACCCCCACACCCACACACACACGCACACACACACACGCACACAAUUCACCCGGGGAACAGGAGAGGCUGCCGGAACACUGGGCUGCUGAGAGACGCUGCUGGGAGGCUGGAGGCUGGAGGCUGGAGGCUGGAGGCUGCCACAAACCCCGAGGACCUGCAUCAGCUAACAUAGACUGCUGAUCGGAAAGCCUGCAUGGUCUCAUUGCCUCUGGAGCCGCCGUAGCGAUGGGAGAUAACGUGUCCAAGCGACUGAAGCUGAUCUCGGCUACAGAGGCAGAGAUGGAGGAGCGCUCCUUUCCAAACCCGUUCCCCGACUGGGACCACGGAGCCCUCACCUCCGGCUCCGGAGCAGAGGAAGAUUACAAUGAGCCAUUCGAUGAAGAAGCAAAGGUGAGCGCAUCAUUCCAGAAGAAGGUCCAGAAUAAGAUCAAAGAUCUCCUCCAGCAGAUGGAAGAGGGCCUGAAGACCGCCGACCCCCAUGACUUCUCCACCUACACCGGCUGGACAGGCAUUGCCUUGCUGUACCUCCAACUGCACCGGGUGUCCCAAGAGGCCACCGACCUUCAGAGGGCACUGGACUACGUAAAGCGGACCAUGAGGAUCCUGAACGGCCGGAAAGUGACAUUCCUGUGCGGUGACGCGGGGCCGCUGGCGGUGGGCGCGGUGGUUCACCAUAAACUGAACAACACCGCUGAUAGCCAAGACUGCCUGUCCAGGCUCCUCCAGCUGCAGCGGUCCGUGCUCAGUCCGGACUCUGAGAUGCCGGAUGAGCUGCUGUACGGCCGCGCCGGAUACCUUUACGCUCUGCUCUACGUCAACAAAGAGAUGGGAGCUGACACGGUGGAUGAGAGCACCAUUACCAAGGUGGUGAUGGCCAUCGUGGAAUCGGGGAAGAACAUGUCGGCAGAGCAAAACAAGGCAGACCGCUGCCCCCUGCUCUAUGAAUGGCACAAGAAGCAGUACAUCGGCGCUGCCCACGGCCUGGCUGGCAUCUUCUACAUGCUCAUGCAGCCAGGAGCCAAGGUCCACCCGGAGGUUCUGUCGGAGCUGAUCCGUCCCAGCAUCGACUACGUCCGCCACAAGAAGUUUCGCUCGGGAAACUUCCCAUCGUCGCUGAGCAACGAGAGCGACCGGCUGGUCCACUGGUGCCACGGAGCGCCCGGCGUCGUCCACAUGCUCAUCAUGGCGUACAAGGUGUUCAACGAGGAGAAGUACCUGAAGGAUGCUGCCGAUUGCGCGGAGGUAAUCUGGCAGCGGGGCCUGCUCCGAAAGGGCUACGGCAUCUGCCACGGUACCGCCGGCAACGGCUACGCCUUCCUGUCCUUGUACAAGCUCACCCAGGAGAAGAAGCACCUGUACCGCUAUUGCAAGUUCGCCGAGUGGUGUUUGGCCUACGGGACCCACGGCUGUCGCAUCCCAGACCAACCUUACUCUCUUUUUGAAGGUAUGGCAGGAGCCAUCUACUACCUAUCAGAGGUGUCAAACCCUGAAGCCUCCUGCUUCCCUGCCUUUGAACUUUGACCCGCCAGCUGAUGAGGAUGAAGGGUACAGGGACAAGCAGUUUUGGACAAACCUCAAUCUUGGCUGGAAAGCUAUAUAAGGAUGUAUUUGUGAAGCAGCUUUUCAGCCUCGGUCGAGAGUAAGUAGUGACCAAACACUACACUAAAAACUAGGAACUGAGAAGACUGAAUGCAAUUGAUUGGUGGAGUAAACGUAUGGUUUGGUUUGUGAAAUGAAAUUCCAUAUGUAUUUGUCACAUAGUGGGGGGGUUGGGGGUUCCCUUUCAUCUUUCAUUUCAUAAAGUCAACUAGCUUAGUGCUAGGAUUAAGUGAAGCGAACCAAUAUAUCAGCAGUUAAGUCGAACUUAAGGAGUAACUAAACCAGGCGCCCCGGACGAGCGGCUUUGAGGGGCCACAUUUAUUCCCCCAUAGACUUCCUUUAGGUAAAUCAACUUCCCAGUACCAACACUCAAAUGCUUGUAUGUUAUGCAUUAGAUUCUAAAAUAUGUCAAAUGCACUAUGACUAAGACACGCGGAUCUAUCUUUGGCUAAUUUUUCAUAAACAGUGCAGCAAUACAAUAACAGCAGCACAAGCCUUCUCUUUUUCCUGUGGAAUUGAAAUCUGGUGAAUCAUUGUUGUUAUCUGGCGAUAGCAAUGUGCUUUCCUACGCCGGGACAAGAGUGGGGCUGGCGUGCUAAUUACCAUGAUGUCAUGCUUCUGUUACAGAACAUAGAAAAUCAGGUGAUGCUGGCUCCACACGUUACAUCGCCCCAUGUCAGUUAUUGGCUAAAAUAAUAGCAUUAGCCAGGUUUGAACCAGUAGAGGGCAAUCAUAUGCAUUUUUAACACAAUACAUAUAUUUCAAAUACAUCUGCAAAAAUAGGACCUGAAUCCAUAAACAACCCUACCAAAUACCAUAUGCAUUGUUUUUCCGCUGAAAAAAACAUUUGGGGUUUUAGUUGCUCUUUAAUUGACCCUUCACUAAGACCCGCCCCUUGAAUGCAAACUGGCAGAGCACAGUGGUUCUAAAACUGUGGGGCGCGCCCCUCUAGUGGGGUGCAGUGCCAUUACAGGUGGGGUGCAUGGAGAAAUGCAGAAAGACCAUUGACACACUUCAAAUUAAUAAAUAUAUGGCGUGUAAAUGUUUACGUUCCGUUCUUGGCGAUUCGCCACAUCCAACCUCCAUGAGAUCGUUUUUUCUGCUGUUGCCUCAAAACAAAAUACAGAUCUAAGCUCAACCGUGAGCAUGAAUUGAGAGUCUGUAACCCUGUUUUUAAAAAGAUUUGUAAUGGCAAGCGGCCUCAUUGCAGCCACUAAUACUGAUAAAACGUGAUGGCUCGUAUACAUCUGCACUAAUUUUGUUGCAUGUUAUUGUUGUUUUGAAAAGAUAUGCAGUGUGAAACUCAGUCAAACUCCUUAUUGCCAAAUAUUUGAACUUGUUUUGUUUCAUUUUUCACAGGUUGCACUUUAUUGUUAUCUUGAAAAGAUAUUCAGUGCAAAACGGGUUAACUGCAGCCACAUUCUUUUUUUACCAAAUAUUAGUUAUUUUGUUUACUGAUAGAACUUUGUUUGCAUUGAUCUAACGAAAAAUGAUGGAGCAAUCUGGUUUACUUGAAAGAGAUUGCAAUUUUCUGUAUUCUAUUAUUUGAAAGAGCACAGAUGGAGUCACAAAAGGUUUUCAAUAUAAAUUCAGCACAGGCCAUUUUGUUGGGGCUGUGGGGCAUGAACAUUUUUCUUCCUCCAAAGUGGGCCGUGACAAAAGGUUUGAGAACCACUAAAACAUCUCCGAGCACGGUCACACACUAUUUGUCUCUGUAGAGACUCAUGCAAUAGUUUGAAAUGUUCUUUCAAGGCUGUUGUGGUUAAACGUUGUGUAACAGUGAUGAUACUUGUUACCCGGAGAGGUUGGAAGGAGAUAAACCUGUGGAGCUACGCUAGCUACUGAAAGUGUACUGUAUGUAUACACAUGCUGCUUCAUUUCUUUAAUGAAUGUAACGGUGAAUAAAGACCUACCAGCUUUACAGGAACACUGUUAACUGUAUUGGCUUUUGUCUCGACUGUGGGUACAUGACAGAUCUGACCGUUUGAUAAAGAAGUAUUUCUGCAGAUUUAGUGGCUGCAAAAGCAGACCAAUCCUCACAAUACACUAUUUUUGGUCAUUUAAAUUUCAAAACGAGCACAACAGAAAGGGAUUUCUGCUUUUAAUGUAAAUGCCAAGCCAAGUUUUUACAAAAAAGUCUUAUGAGUUGAAAUAAAAGUGAGCUUUUUACAGCUUUUU